AUGUUUUUUCUCCUUAUCUUAUACUGUUCUUUCUUUCAAUGUUUGUUUGUUUCUUUCUUUUUUCCUCUCAUACUGUUUGUCUUUCUUUCUGUCUCGCAUGUUUUUGCGUUUUCUUUCUUUCCUUUUUUAACUGAUAUUGUUCUUUUUUCGUCCUGUCUUAUUUUCUUUCUUUGGUUAUCUUUCUCUCGUUAUUUGAUCUUUCUUUCUUUAUCAUCUAUCUAUCUAUCUAUCUGCCACAGUCUCUCCAUAUCUGUCGAUCUAUCAAUCUAUCACAUUCUAUUAAUAUCUAUCUCUCUAUCUAUGGUGCUUUUUUCCAGUCUGUUCAUAUUUCUUUAUCUCUUCUUCUUCUUCUUCUUCUUCUUCUUCUUCUUCUUCUUCUUCUUCCUGCAGUGCUUUGCUUAUCAUUUUGUCUUCAUUUUUCUUUCUUUUUUUCUCUCAUGCAUUUCUAUUUUCUUUGUUUCUUCCUUUUAUCUGAUACUGUUCUUUAUCUGUUCUUUCUUUCUUUCUUUCUUUCUUUCUUUCUUUCUUUCUUUCUUUCUUUCUUUCUUUGAUCGUCAUUCUUUCAAUCGUUAUCUGAUGCUGAUCUUUCUUUGGUUCCUCAUGUUUGCUUUUCUCCUUAUCUCAUACUGUUCUUUCUUUCUUUCUCCCAUGAUAUUCGUCUUUCGUUCGUUCUUUCCUUCUUUCUUUUUCCCAUGUUAUUCGUCUUUCUUUCUUUCUUCCUUUCAUGUGUUAAUAUCCAUCUCAAAUAUUAAUGAAUAUCUGUUUUCCUAG